GCGCGGUUGGCGGGUUUCUCUCUCACGUGCGGCGAAUUUACGGAGGACGCGUGCCGCGAAACGGCAGACGAGCGUUGAUAACACGUGGGAUCACGUGUUUCGAGCUCGGAGCAGGAUUCGUGCGCGCGUCCGGCAGUUUCAGGCUACACGCGUCUUCUGUUAUGACUCAAAGCUAGGCGUAUCGUCCACGUCACGCUCGCCUUGUCGCCUCUCGCGUAGACCCUGGGAAGUUUUCGGAGGUAGAGAAAACGCAACCUACGUCGGCAGCUACAGCGGCACCGGUAACGUACGCGUCGACGCGUCACCGCGUAACGUGACGAGUGUGUUGACAGAUAAUGGGGCAAUUCAACGCCACUGCCUCGGGCUCACGCGUGACGUUCGACGAGGAGGGCGACAACGGCCUGGUGCUCUGCGACAGGUACCUGCCGGUCGAGGUGCUGAUAGAGAUCCUCUGCCGCGCCGACUGCAAGACCCUGCUGAGCUGCCAGUUGGUCUGCAAACGCUGGAAGAUGCUGAUGAGACACGUCUGGCACAAGAAGACCGAGCGGACGCUGGCCCGGCCAUUCCCGUGGAGCGACGACAUGUCCUGGUCCGUGUUCUACCUGGCGUGCGCCAAGAAGCCGUACGAGAGGAACCUGCUGAGGAACCACUCGGGCGCGGACAGCUUGCGCCACUGGAAGUGUUUGCUCCGCGAAGGGCACGCCAAUGACUGGGUGGUCGAGGAACCACCUGUCGGCGUGCCGGAGCUCCCGCCGGCCGAGCCGCUGUUCAAAGACAGACAGAUCUGUUUCGCGACGUCCUUUGCGUGGUGCAACAAAGCGCAAACUGUAGUUCUGGCGAAAGAGGGAGUCCACCCGUAUAUCCUGGACACUUAUCAACCACCUAUAGUGGUAAGCGAAUGGUACAGCUGUCGAUGGGACUGUCCAGCGGUAUAUCAGUUGGAAGUUAGAUUAUAUAACAGUGACAACCUAGUGAUGGAUACGUUUGAAUUUAACGAUGUUCUAGAGGGAGAGAAGCAGAAUCAAUGGCUCAAGGUUUCGCAUGUAUUUGAAAACUAUGGACCUGGUCUUGACACCAUCUACUUCGAGCACCGUGGAAAGGACAGGGCGUUUUGGGCAGGGAAUUACGGCAGUAAAAUGGCUGGGGCAUGCGUUUACGUGAAGAUUCCUGGUCAGUAGAGUAGAGGAGCGAGACUACGGGCUCGAUUUACAAGGGACUCUCUCUCUCUCUCUCUCUCUCUCUCUCUCUCUGCUUGUAAAAAAUAAAAAUAUUUUAUAUAAUAAUCGUUCAUUCUAGCGAAAUGAAGAAUAUGUAAAAUGUUGUAUCUAUAAAAUUUUGUAUAAUAUAAAUAAUACAGUACCUGUUUAAUAUUGUUAUAAUAAAAUGUAACAAAAACUAAUUCUGCGAGAUUCACUUUUUACUAUAAAUAAAAAAAUGAAGCUUGCUAAAA